AUGUUCCCCCCGGUGGCCCCUCCGAUGUCCCCCCCGGUGGCCCCUCCGAUGUCCCCUCCCGAGGCCCCCCCCGAGUCGUGCGCGGCAGCGCUGGCGGCUGUGCUGGCGCGGCUGCGGGAGCUCGAGGGACACGCCGGUCGGUUCAGCUCUGUGCCCCCCCCCGCCGGGGGAAGCUGCGCCUGCCCCGCCCCCACGGCCGAGGCCCCGCCCCCUGCCCCGCCCCCCCCGUGCCCGCGGGGCUGCAGUGACCAGGGACGGUGUGAGCGGGGCCGGUGCCGCUGCUUCCCGGGCUUCAGCGGCCCCGACUGCGGCACCCCCGCCUGUGCCCCCGGCUGGGGGGGGCGUCCACUGCGACAUCGAGGUGCCUGCAGUGACACCACGGUUGGCCACCCGCACCUCGACAUCCCUGCGUGUCACCUGGCCCCGGCCCUCCCCACCUCCCGACGGCUACCGGGUGACACUUGUUCCCCUGCUACCCGGCUCUGCUGUGGCCUUCUCGGUGACAGGGCUGUCCCCAGGCCGCCCCUUCGAGCUGCUGGUCCAGGCCCGGCGGGGGCCUCACCUGGGAGCAGCAGGAGUGCUGCGCCUGCGCACAGCACUUGUCCUGGCUGUGCCCCCCCCCACGAGGGGUCCCCAGGGUCCCCUCAGGGUUCUCUGGGGUCUCCAGCAGUGGCACCAUCAGCCCAAGGGUCCCCAGGGUCACUGGGGUCCCCAGGGUCACCAGCAUCGCCUGCAUCACCAGAUGUGUCCUUGGGUUCACAUGGGUCUUUGGGGUCACCAGCAUCCCCCCGGGCUCCGGCGUCCCCUGUAGGUCGAGGGUCCCCAGGAUCCCCGGCGCCCCCAAGGUCACCAGUGUCACCAGAAUCACCAGUGUCACCAGAAUUGCCAGAAUCUCCAGGGUCACUAGUGUCUCCAGAAUUCCCAAGGUCCCCAGUGUCACCAGAUUUCCCAGUGUGGCCAGCAUCCCCAGAACCCCCGAGCUUCCCAGAGUCACCAGUGACCCCAGUGUCCCCAAGGUCACCUCCAACCCCACAGUCCCUGGGGUCUCCAGUGCCCCCAAAGUCCCCAUUAUCUUCAGAGUUCCCAGAAUCCCCGUGGUCCCAGCUGUCCCCAUGGUCCCCGCUGUCCCUGGGUAUCCCCUCCCUGCAGGAACUGGUGGCUCGGCUGUCCCCGUACAGUGGGUCCCUGCUCCAGCGCCUUGAAAGCCACCUUCGGGCCACCAACUUCCCACUCCGGGGCAACCAGACAGUGCCGGCAGUGGCCCGCGCCAUCCUGGAAUAUGUCCUGCGCCGGCACGUGGCCCUGGGGAAGGGACAGGAACCCCCCUCCAAACCCCGAGGGGAUGGAACACUCCUGGGGACCACAGGGGAGGGUGGGAAUCAGGAGCUGGUGCUGCAGUGGGGGGACACGGAUGGGAUAGAGCUGAUGGAGCCAUGGAGGGACGUGGAGAAAACAGGUACCGACGGAGGGUGGGAGAUGGGAUAGAGGCAUGGGUGGAUGUUGGCUGAAGGAUGGAUGGAUAGAAGGAUGGAGAGUUGGAUGAUGGAUGGAGACAUGAAAG